AUUUGGCUUUACCGGUAGGAGGAGCAACCUCUGCUUAUCUUCAUCCUCUAUAUAUGUUUCGGUAAAUGAAUCUGGACCGUUGAUGAUGACAAGUGUAUCCCAUACCUUGAGGCGCUUUACCUCUGCUUCUUCACCUUCUCCACUGAAACACGAACUCGUCGAAACACUGCAUAGGUUAGCAAGGUCUAACGACCUCCAACAAGCUUUCUCCUUGUUCUAUUCUGCGCCUAUCGAGCUUCAGUCCCACCAGGCUUACGGCGCUCUGUUCCAAGCAUGUGCGGAGCAACGCAGUCUCCGCCACGGCAUCGCUUUGCACCACCACAUGCUCUCGCAGCAUCCCUGUUCUUCUUCUCACUCGCGAGACCUUUUCCUCGCGAACCAUCUCAUCACCAUGUACACGAAAUGCGGGAAAAUCUUAUACGCGCGCGAAGUGUUCGACGAAAUGCCUGAGAGGAAUGUGGUUUCUUGGACUUCGUUGAUUACGGGGUACGCGAAGUCGGGGAACGAGAUAGAGGGUUUUAGUCUCUUCUCUGCUAUGUUAUCACACUGUUUGCCUAACGAGUUCGCCGUGUCGAGCGUGCUGACUUCGUGCCGUUAUGAGACCGGAAAGCAGGUACAUGGACUCGCUUUGAAGCUUGGUUUGCAUUGUUCGGUGUACGUGGCGAAUGCGCUUAUCUCUAUGUACGGUAGGUGUCGUCGUGAUGGUGGAUAUGAGGCUUGGACUGUGUUUGAGGCCAUGGAGUUUAAGAACUUGGUUACUUGGAACUCAAUGAUUGCAGCUUUCCAGUGCUGCAAUCUCGGGAAAGAGGGUAUUGGUGUUUUUAUGCGGAUGCGUAGGGAUGGAGUGGGGUUUGAUCGCGCCACGUUGCUUAAUGUAUGUUCUUCUUUGUACAAAAGCUCUGACUUGGUUCCUGAUGAGGUUUCCAAGUGUUGUCUUCAGCUGCAUUGCCUGAGUGUGAAGUCCGGGUUUGUGACUCAGGCUGAAGUGGCUACUGCGUUUGUUAAAGUUUAUUCGGAAGUUUUAGGAGAGUUUGGUGAAUGCUACAAGGUUUUUACGGAAAUGAGUCACUGUAGAGAUGUUGUUGCUUGGACUGGGAUUAUAACGGCGUUUGCAGUGUAUGAUCCGGAGAUGGCUAUUCAUCUCUUUGGUCAGUUGCGUCAGGAGAAGCUAAGCCCUGACUGGUAUACUUUCUCGAGUGUGCUGAAAGCUUGUGCGGGACUCGUCACUGCUCGACAGGCGUUGACUAUACAUGCGCAAGUCAUUAAAGGUGGGUUUGGAGCUGAUACGGUGCUGAACAACUCGUUAAUCCAUGCUUAUGCUAAAUGUGGCUCUCUUGACUUGUGUAAACGUGUGUUUGAUGAUAUGGAUUCGCGGGAUGUGGUGUCUUGGAACUCAAUGCUUAAAGCUUACUCGUUGCACGGACAAGUAGACUCAAUUUUACCAGUCUUUAAACAAAUGGACAUCAAGCCUGAUUCAGCGACUUUUAUAGCCCUUCUCUCGGCUUGCAGCCACGCUGGACGAGUAGAAGAAGGAAUGAAAAUAUUCAGAUCCAUGUUUGAGGAACCUGAAACUCUUCCUCAGCUAAAUCACUAUGCUUGUGUGAUCGACAUGCUAGGCCGAGCUGAGCGUUUUAACGAGGCAGAGGAAGUCAUCAAGCAGAUGCCAAUGGUCCCAGAUGCUGUAGUUUGGAGUGCACUACUGGGUUCGUGUAGGAAACAUGGUAACACACGUUUAGGUAAGUUAGCUGCAGAUAAACUGAAAGAGCUCGAACCAACAAACUCGUUGAGUUACAUCCAGAUUUCAAACAUAUACAGUGCAGAAGGUAGCUUUAACGAAGCUAGUAAAAGCAGAAAGGAGAUGGAGACAUGGAGAGUGAGGAAAGAACCAGGCUUAAGCUGGACUGAGAUAGGAAACAAGGUUCACGAAUUCGCAUCUGGAGGACGGCGCCGUGCAGACAGGGAAGCCAUAUACAAGGAACUCGAGAGGCUUAUUGGUCGGUUAAAGGAGAUAGGUUAUGUCCCAGAGAUGAGGUCAGCGUUACAAGAUAUAGAAGAGGAAGAACAGAAGGAAGAGCAUUUAUUGCAUCACAGCGAGAAACUGGCUUUAGCGUUUGCUGUGAUGGAGGGAAGAAGAAGAUCACACGAUGGUGGUGUUCCUGUGAAUGUGAUACAGAUAAUGAAGAACAUAAGGAUAUGUAUUGAUUGCCAUAAUUUCAUGAAACUGGCGUCUAAGCUUUUGGGGAAAGAGAUUCUUGUGAGAGACUCGAAUCGGUUUCACCAUUUUAAAGAUUCUUCCUGCUCCUGUAAUGACUACUGGUAAUCGCCGACAAUGAGUCCUAAUGUUACUUUCAUCUCAAGACAAGGGACUGGUUUGGAAAUAAAUAAAAUUAUUUUAUUAAAGAA